AUGGCCUAUCCAGGGCUUCCAGUCUAUGCCUCUAAGGACCUCAUCAAUUGGAGACAUAUCAGCAAUGCCUUGAUUAGACAGUCGCAAAUCCCCGAGAUGGACAGUCGUAGCAUAGGACAACAAGAUGGCCCCCAUGCUCCAACUCUGAGAUAUCGCAACAAGCGCCUCUAUCUGACAACCACUUACCUUCGUCUGGGCAUCGGCCAGUACCCUGAGGUCAAGGUUGUAGUAUAUACUACCUCAAAUCCAUAUGACUCUACAUCUUGGAGCGGUCCGGUCAUCAUGCAGACCUCCGGGCUUGAUCCCGACAUAUUCUGGGAUGAUGAAGGCCAAGCAUAUAUGUCAUAUGCCACUGUUGGUCAAGCAAUCAAUAUUUGUAAUGGUACUGGCGGCCGAAAUGCAGAGGGGCCUCACAUCUACAAAAAGAACGGCUUCUACUAUCUGAUGAUUUCGGAGGGCGGAACAGAACUCAACCACACUGUGACCGUAUCUCGCUCAACAGAGGUUACUGGCCCGUACAACAGCUAUUCUGAGAAUCCAGUCCUAACAAACAAGGAUACCAAUAAGUAUUUCCAGACGGUUGGGCAUGCCGACUUGUUCAAAGAUGACUCCGAUAACUGGUGGGGAAUGGCGUUGGCAACACGAUCGGGACCUAAAAAGGGAAAGUGGCCGGAGAUGCAGCCUGUCCGAGGUCGUAUGAAGGGCCCCCUUCCGCCCAAGUCCAAGAAGUUGCCGGGCUCUGGACCAUUCUACAAUGACGCAGAGCAUAUCGACUUUUCUAACGGAAUCCCGCCUAACUUCGUCACCUGGCGGCCUCAGUGGCGUACUCCAUCCCAGUUCCAGACUUCUCCCACCUUUGACCCGGAUAAUGACAGACUUGCCUUUGUUGCUCGGAAACAGACAAGCACGCUCUUUCGGUUUAGCGUCGACUUGCUCUUCUCACCAGAUCAUAUGAGUUUAGGCGUUGUCAAUCUUGUUUCUUCCCGUGGCAAGCUCACCCCACACCUCCGCUUCCGGAUCGAAGCAUCUGGGAAACCAGGUAUGGAUGCGCCGAAGGCAAAGGUGGUUCCCAUCCCGUCAGACUGGCAGGGCAGCCUCGUCCGCCUCACCGUCUCAACCCCUGAUGAUAAGUCAUUUGUUUUCUCGGCCUCAUGCGUUAAGGACGCAUCUAAGACAAUGGAGCUCGGUCGAGCCAGUGGAAAGAUCGUCAGUGGUGGAAGCGGUCCUUUCGCAGGCGCUUUACUUGGAGUGUAUGCCACUAGCAAUGGUGGCAAAGGGAGCACGCCUGCCUACUUUAGUCGAUGGACAUAUUUGCCUACAGCAUAG